AGUGAGGGAGCGUACUUCACCUCCUAGAGUCAAGCAAGUCGGACGAGCUAUGAGCAUAUAGCUUUCAUCCAGACUCUGAACAUACCACCCACCAUCAUCAAACUUCAACAUGGUCUUCACAGCCGAGGACUCGGUCGACAACGUUAUGGAGGGACCUAAGCUGAAUAGCGUGCUGAUCGAGGCCUCCAGGGUGGCUUCCCAGGCAGCUAAAGUGAACCUCGACAUCGAAAGUUUCGAAAUCCUAGUCAUCCAGGGCCAGCUCUCUGACCUCAGCUCUAAGGUAAGAAAUUUCGUGGAGGUGAGCGCCCGUCUCUGUCGGCCGGCGAACUUGCACAUCUGUGAUGGCAGUGAACGUGAGAUGAAUCACCUGCUGAACGUGAUGCAGCAGGCCGGCAUGAUCGAGUAUCUCCCCAAGUACAAGAACUGCUGGUUGGCCCGCACUGAUCCCGGAGAUGUUGCUCGCGUGGAGGGUAAGACUUUCAUCGUUACUAAAGACCGAAGAGAGACCAUCCCAACACCCAAGGAGGGCGUCAAGGGCCUCCUUGGCAACUGGAUGUCUCCAGAGGAUCUAAAGACUGCGGUACAAGAGCGUUUUCCCGGGUGUAUGGCCGGCAGGACCAUGUACGUAGUGCCCUACUCUAUGGGUCCCGUGGGUUCUCCACUCUCCAAGAUUGGCGUCGAGGUCACGGACUCUCCUUAUGUUGUGGCCUCUAUGCGAACCAUGACGAGAAUGGGCAGUAAGGUGUUGGAGGCUCUGGGCGAAGAUGACUUCGUCAAGUGUCUUCACUCCGUCGGCUGCCCUCUGCCCCUUAAGAAGCCUCUAGUCAACAACUGGCCUUGUGACCCUGCACGAACCAUCGUCACUCACGUGCCUGACACUAACGAGAUCAUUUCCUUCGGCUCCGGUUAUGGAGGUAACUCCCUGUUGGGCAAGAAGUGUUUUGCUUUACGUAUUGGUUCUACCAUUGCCAGACGGGAAGGCUGGUUGGCUGAACACAUGCUCAUCCUGGGCAUAACCAAUCCUGAGGGCGUGAAGAAAUACAUUGUUGCCGCGUUUCCUUCUGCUUGCGGCAAGACCAACUUGGCCAUGAUGACGUCUUCACUGCCAGGCUACAAAGUGGAAUGUGUGGGAGACGACAUCGCCUGGAUGAAGUUUGACGAGGACGGAGUUUUGCGUGCCAUCAACCCCGAGAAUGGGUUCUUCGGUGUGGCUCCCGGCACUUCCAUGCAAACCAACCCUGUGGCCAUGAAGACAGUAAUGUCUAACACGAUUUUCACCAACGUUGCCAAGACAAGUGACGGAGGCGUGUUCUGGGAAGGGAUGGAGAAGGAAAUAUCUAACAAUGUGACCAUCACAUCAUGGCUUGGAGACUCGAACUGGAGUAAAGAAUCUGGCAAGCCAGCUGCUCACCCUAACUCCAGAUUCUGCACUCCUGCUGGCCAGUGUCCCAUCAUUGACCCUGCAUGGGAAGACCCUAAGGGCGUCCCCAUCUCUGCCAUUCUGUUUGGAGGAAGACGUCCCCAGGGAGUGCCUCUAGUGUACGAAGCUUACAACUGGAAACACGGCGUGAUGGUAGGGGCAGCUAUGAGGUCAGAAGCAACUGCAGCAGCAGAAUUCAAGGGCAAGGUAAUCAUGCACGACCCCUUCGCCAUGCGACCAUUCUUCGGCUACAACUUCGGCCACUACCUGCAGCACUGGUUGAGCAUGGAGACUCGCACAGACAAGCCUCUUCCCAAGAUCUUCCACGUGAACUGGUUCCGCAAGAGUGAGAAGGGGCGCUUCCUGUGGCCAGGUUUCGGGGAUAACGUGCGUGUAUUGGACUGGAUCUUGAGGAGAGUUGACGGAGAGGAGGUGGCCGAAGAAAGCGCCAUUGGACUCUUGCCUAAGGCGUCUUCCAUGAACUUGUCCGGGCUCGAGGAGAGUGUUGAUAUGGACGAGUUAUUCAGUAUUCCCAAGGAGUUCUGGGAACAUGAAGUACGCGACGUCGCUAAAUACUUUGACGAGCAGGUUGGUGACGACCUCCCGAACGAGAUUCGUGAACAACUCAUGUUGCUGGAGAAGAGGGUGGAAAAGUCGUAAUAAGCUGUUGGGGCUCGCAGUGGACUCAUCACUGGAUAUGAGUUACUGUACGGAGCAUUUAUUUCCUAACGCCAACCAAGUUUUCAUUAUUUAUUUGAAUCUUUAAACUAUUUUGAAAACAAUUUAAUACUUUAUUCACCAAAGAAUAUGAUUUAAGAAUAUAUCUUUGUAUUUACAUAUUUGUAAGACUAUCAUCGAUAUUUAUUACAUAUUAAGAUAUUGUUUACGAUAUUUGUAAACUGAACGCAUAUGUGUUCAUGGAUUUGUGUUUCAGCUGUGCUGGACAUUUCGGGGCAAUGUGUCAAUAUAUAUUUUUGUAAUAACCGA